AUGCAUAGCGACACUGAAAAUCUAGCGAGUAACGCGUUUAACGGCCCUGAUGAUAACUUUGUUGACCAGGCUAAUAAUUUGGAUGACCAGAUAUUGGAUGACUAUCCUGAAAAUUUAAAAAACAAUCUUCCAAAGUGUAUUGUUCCUGAAGCUACUCAAUACAAUCAAAAUACAAAAGAUUACGACGAAAAUAAAGAAAGCUGUGAAAAACUAAGAAGUCAAAAUAAUAACAAACGUUCGUGUAAUAUUGAUGACGUUUACUUCUCAGAAAAUCCGAGUGACACAGAAACAUCAUUCAAUGAUGAUCCUGAUUACAUACCUGUAAUAGAGCCAAUAAUACAAGACAUAGAAAAUGUAAAAAGCAAUAAGUUUGAAAACAUUAACUUGGAAGAAAAUAAAUCUGAUCAGCCCAAUUUUCACAUUACCGCAGACGACGUAGAAAAUUUGGAAACAGAAAGAAAAACUAAAAAAACAAAUGUUAAAUUACAAGAAGGGGAGUGGAAUAGAAAUGAGAUAAAAAAACUUAGAAUGAGUGGAAAAGCGUAUAACGGUUAUAAAAGAAGUAACUCUGGGGUUAUAACUCAAGGUAUACCUAGACCUCAAAGAAAAAUUUCAGAAACUUGCAAAUCUGUUUCCUGCAUAAAGAGUACUAAACACUUUUGCCAGUUAUUUUCAGAAGAUUACAGACUUUCCAUAUUUACCAAGUUCUGGAAUAUGGAAUCCUGGGAACAAAAAAAGGGGACGUAUUUUUAUCACUUACGAACAAAAGACAAUGAAAGAAAAAGAGUAUGCAAGAAGAUGUUUUUGGGAACAUUAGGGUUAAAGGAAGAUAUGGUACACGAUUGGAUUGGCAGUACUGAACAUGGUUUAAGCACAAGUACUAUAGAAGAAGUAAAAUCAUCAAGAACGCGUAGCGAUAAUGGUUUUAAAAAUUAA